CACGACUUCAACAUAAACACAGUUUAUAGAAGUUUCCAAUGAAAUUAAUACUAUUUGGCAUGCGGUUGUAAUACAGUGUUUGUGAGAGUUUCCUUUCAUCUCUAUUGGUUCUCAAAUAUGGUGACAUGUCAAGUUGAAGUUAAAGAACCGAGUUCCAGUCCUUGAAAUGAACUAAAUGUAAAGCCAGAUGCUUCAAAAUUGAAUAGAUUAUAAUUUGAAAAGGUCCGAAGAUGAGUAUGUUAACAGUAGAAGAAUGUGAGUUACUCAGUGACUCGAAAUAUCGGUCCUACAUCAGUCAAGUAGACAAGGCAUUAAAAAGUUUUGAAUAUACCAGUGAAUGGGCAGAUUUAAUCUCGGCUUUAGGAAAAUUGAAUAAAGUGCUGUUAUCACAUAUCAAAUAUCCAGUAAUACCAAAGAAAGUAACAAUUGGGAAAAGACUAGCUCAAUGUCUACAUCCAGCUCUUCCUGGUGGGGUUCAUUUAAAAGCUCUAGAGACCUACGAUAUAAUAUUCCGAUGUAUUGGUACACAGAGACUGGCACAAGAUUUGUUUGUUUACAGUGCUGGGUUAUUUCCUUUGUUAAAUCAUGCUGCGAUGAGCGUUAAACCAGAGCUGUUUAAUAUAUACGAGAAGCAUUUUGUAGCUUUAGGAAAACAUAUUAAACCUGGAUUAAAUGGCUUACUUAUUGGAUUAUUGCCAGGUUUAGAGGAAGGAGCAGAAUAUUAUGAUAAAGCUAACAAUUUAUUAGAGAGUUUUUGUGAUGCUGUAGAUAAGGAGUUUUUCUAUACAUGUAUGUGGGAAUGUGUUUUGUCAUGUCCUAGUGUACGUCUACCAGCUAUUACCUUCCUUCUGUCUCACUUUAAUAAGAAGAAAUCUAUGGAAGAUCAGCUACAUAUGAUGGGAUUUAAUAUAGAUCUUAUGGUGCAAGCUUUAUCAAGUUCUAUUCAAGAUACCAGUGUAUUAGUACAGAGAAUCUCAUUAGAUUUCUUACUUCUAGGAUUUCCAAUGCACAAUGGACAACUUACAAAAUCUGACACAGCUAAAAUAGUACAGGGUGCCAUCAAUGUGGUAUUACGUAGAGAUAUGUCUUUAAAUAGGAGAUUGUAUGGCUGGUUGUUAGGGACUAGUGCUUCAGGCUUAUCGACCAGUGUAGCAGAUAAUAAUAGACGUGGUAGAGUGGACAGUACGUCAACCAGUAGUGAGAUGGAUCUGGGCUACUUUCAUCAAUUCUCUAAAGAUUUAUUAGUCCAAGCUAUUAAGAUGAAAUUAGCUAAUCCUGAAGACAAUGAAAUGAGUGUUGGCGGAAUAUCAAAUUUAAUGAAGCCGUUUAGAAUUAUAAUAAGUUUGUUGGAUAAACCUGAGAUUGGACCGGUUAUUAUUGACAGUGUAUUGAUGUCUGUGUUUAGGUGUUUAUAUAAGGAAUGUAAAACCAUUAACCCUGAACAAAAAGUGAAAGUAAAAAACAAGAAUUUAAAAAGACAAGACAGUACACAAGAAAAGAAUCAAUCUGCAGAACUGAUCAAAACUGCAAACCUGUUAUUCGGGUCUUUUGAGCCGUAUUUCAUUUGGGAUUAUUUGGGAAGAAUGUUCAGUGUAGCUUGUUCAAAUGUCCAACAGAGAGUUGAAUUAGAUAAUCACGAUACUGUUCAAGUUAUAGAGUUAUGUGAGAUUGGUGAAUUUCUGCUUGAUAUCGUCUCAUUGGAAAUCUACCAAGAAACACAAACAGAACAUUUACCAGAGUUAUUACGUCAUGUAAUAUCAGCCGUUACUACAAACUGUAGCGCUCUAACAGAAUAUGAAAUAACAGCCACACUUAAACUAUGUAGUAAAAUAUUCUCUAAAGUUGAACCAUCAGUUACUGUCAUGGAUUUUGAAUCACAGGACCCAGAAGUUACAAGUGUAUGUGGAGAAAUGUUUGAAGAUGUUUUUAAAAUGAAAAAGGAACAAGAAAGAAAAGAAGGAUGCCAUGUAGAGAUGGAUAUCGCACAAUCUUCAGAAAAGGGAUUUAAUCCAGCUGAGAGUUCUAAUAAAAAAAUCAAAGAAUUGAAAUCAGAAAGAUUCAAUAAUAAUGGGGAGUCAACUGAAAAAUUGCUCAAAUCUGAACCAAAUGAAGAGACCAAUGAACAAGAAGAAUAUAAAGAAUGUAAGAGUAGUUUAGAUCCUGAAGAUAGAGGAGAAACAUAUUUUAGUGCCGAGGACAGCCCUGUAAAAAAACCUAAAGUUGUUAAAGAUGGUGUCAAAGAUGUGAAAUCUAGUGAAAAUUCUGAAUCUGAACAAACCCAGGACCCUGAAGUCUCAAAGACAGACAACAUGAGCCAAGAGAACAAAAAGAGAACUUUGUUAAAAUCAAUUUCAACAGAUUCUCGAAAUCAUAAAAAUAGUGUACCAUUAUCAAUCAUGCAAACAUGUAUUCAUAGUUUCAAAGAACUCUUCCAUACCUUAAUAUGUGAUAAAAUAUUAAAAGGUUUUACCAUCUCGGGUAAAUGUAUGGAAGCCUUGAUCACCCAAACAGAUAAUGCACGUUCAUCAGAUAAGGAUUCUGUACUGGAUAGUAAUUCUACAUCGGGUUUGGAGGAUUUCGGAUCCAGGGAUUUAUCAGCAAUUGAGAAAAUGAAAAUCUCACCAGAGGGAUUAUCAGAAGCAAGUUAUGAGGCAUUUGAAAAAGCUUGUCGGUUGUUGGUAGAUUUUGCCAGUUUUCCAUUAUUCUGUACUGAUUUCAAUAAGUUGAUGGGACAAGCUAUGGAUGACGAGAAUGAGUACAGUUUACCUGAUUGGCUACAAGAUUUGAUAACUUGUAGUUGUUUUAUAAAGACGUUUGAAAUACAGACAGCAGCUAUAUCUACUAUACUAGAUCUUAUAAACCUCACACAAUCAGUACAAACAGAGAGCGAGUAUAAAUGUCAAGUAUCAAAUAGAUCUAGAUCAAUGAGUGAGGGUCGUAUAUCUGUGGUUAUUCUACCAGCCUUAUUACCAUGUCAUCUUAAAUUUAUGAAUGAGAAUACCCUCUUCUUUCAGGUGUGUGCCAGUGAAUUAUGGCAGCAUCUUGGAGAAAAAACAAGUUCUAGACAUCGUAGAAGUGUGGAAUUAUUCCAUUUUCUUCAUCAAGUUUCCCCAAGUUCAUGGAUUUGUGAAGAUACAAUAGGAUCAUCUUUAGUAGCAAGUGAUGAGAAAACAAGAAUUGAAUCUUUUAAGAGAUUUACUAUAAUGUGGCAUCUGACUAGAGAAUUAAAACUGGAUGUUAAACCAGGAGCUGGAACAAGAUCAUUUGACAGAUCUAUGUUUGUUGUGUUGGAUAGUUUAAAAGAAGAAUCAGGAGCAACAAAGACAAUAGCUACAACAUGGUUAACACACUGUGUACAGAGAGGUGAUAUCAGUCGUGUAUUACAACCCAUAUUACUGAUGCUACUUCAACCAGAUACUGCCAGAAUCUCUGUUCAACACGUAAAUAUUCAUCAACCAAGAAAAGUAAAGAUAUCAGAAUCUGGUGAUGCCGAUGACAUAGAGGCUAAGAUUUAUGCUAUCAGUAGUGAAGGGGGGAAUGUUAUAUAUCAUGUCAGCCCUGAUGGUAAAAAAUUCUCACAAAAAGCUACUGAAGAGUUGAAAUCGUGUGCUAUGGCAGUUACUAAUGAUAAUGGAUCAGCCAUGACUGCUUCUGUUAAGUCACAAACAGAACCUGAAUUAUCUUUCGAACGUGUUAACCCAGAAUAUUUGAAAUUACGUUUCAAUCCAUUUGGUUCGGAACAUUCCCUAGAUAAACUUAUUUAUGAUGAUGUACAUGUACAUUUACCUACUCGAGCUCCAGAUCUCGGUAACGCCAGAAGACUUGAUAAGACAACCUGUCGUAAGGAAGGGAUAUUCUUUGAUACUGAAGAAGCUAAUGAAGCAUUAGAAGGAACAGAAAUUUCAAGUGAAGAAAUGGUUUCUCAGAUAUUGGAAGAUCUUAUUUCUAAGGUAGUUGAACAAGGGGAAUAUUCAAGAUUACAAAAUAAACGUGAUAGUGAGAGAACUGAUAGUAUUUCAAGAUAUAGUCAAUUAGGUGAUCAAGAUCUAUUGAAUGCCAUUGAUAAAAGAGGUAUGGAGAUGGAUUCAUUAUCAGGCAGCGACACAGAUUUAAGUAAAUCGGCACAAGAGUCGAAAGACAAAGACACAACUGGAAUUCACACGUUACACAUGCACCUCUUACUUUAUUCACAGAAAUAUGACUACGAACGAACUCUUUAUGCCUUGUCUACACUGAAAGCCAUGUUAACGAUGUGUCCGAGAUUGAUUGUAACAGCAUUAGCCACAACCAGUAUUAGUUCAAUGAAUCCAAUCCAGUUAACCAACUUACAGUUAUUGCUAGCCAGACAUCGAAAAUCAGUGUUUGGAAAAAACUUUUUUGGAGAAAUCCAACCAGAAGUUUUGGCUAGUUAUCGUAGUAAUAUGAUUUUAGAGAUUUUCAUUUCUCUGUGUCUGUAUUAUAUCAGAAGUUAUUAUCCCAAUUUAAUGGUUAGUAAACUGAGUGCAGAAGAACUAGCUGGAAAUAAAGAUGUUCAUAUAAUGGCCACUGAAAUCUUGACUUUGUUAAUGUCAGAACUGAUUAGUAUUGUUCAUGAAAGUGGGAAAAGUUUCACCUCCUAUAUCACUGACUUGUUAACAAAGUGUAAAUUACAGAAGGCUUUGUUACACUGUAUGUUGGCUAGCGUAUAUAACUCACGACAAAAAACAGACGCAGAAAACAAAGCAAAGAUAACAGAAGCCAUUGUGUCAUUUAAUGAAGACUGUUUAGAAGGUAGUGCUAACGAAACAUUUCAGAUUAAAUUGCUCAAAUUACUACUAGUCAUGAUCAUGCUAGAAUCAAGGAUGUAUACAUCUAAUAAUGAGGAGAUUACUCCUGCAUCAACUGCUGAAUGGGACAGAACCAAAGUUACAUUCCAGACGUCCAUAUUGAAUGUCCAUUACAGCGCGGUUCAACCCAUAGUUCAACAGGGCAUGUUCCUGUCUGGGGUUCUAAGUGCCUUAAAACAACACCACAUGUCACAUUUACAUCGACAUUGGAUUGCCAUGGUUACCUCAUCUUUACCAUAUAUGGGUAAAGCACUUUCAAGGAUUGUGAUUGCUGUUGUUUCUCAGUUGUGCCGUAAUCUGGAAAUUUUGUCGGCGGAAUUUGAAUCAAAGAAAAGAACUGUACGUUUGACAAAAGUUCCACCUGAUCAUUUAUUGACAAUGUUAGAAGGUCUAACAGCUAUAUGUCACUAUUGUUUAUUAGAUAAUGCGUCUCCUGUAUCUAUUGGUCUACCAGCUCCUACUAUUACUAAUAUUAGUACUGAAACAGCUAGUACCGGUCAGAUACUAUCUAAUCUUAUAAAUGUCUUCAAUCCUAUACAAAAUAAUCGGGAGACAAGUCCUAUAAGAGAUAAUACAGCUAUGUCACCUGUUUUAGAAGCAAGAAGAGGUUUAUUGAGUAUAUUACCUAGAAUCAUGGCAUGUAUGGCUGUAAUGUGGAAAGCUUUAAAUUCAGUUACAUCUGGUGAAACAGAUAGAUAUACACAAGCCAGACUUACUAUGGGUUCACCUAAGAUUGUGCGGCAACAUAUAUUAGAGUUUUUGAGCCCCAUAUCUUUACCUCAUGGUACAAACUUACUAGGUGCUGUAGCAGUUGCUUGGAAUGAUAGAAGGAAAAAGAUACAGGGACUUGUGAAAAAGGUGGUACCUGUCCCAUGUGAAGAUCAGUUAUUAUUAGUAGAAUUAGUUAGUGCUAUUAAAGUUUUACCAACAGAUACUCUAAUACAAACUAUUAAGCAUGUCUUAAAACAACCCCCACCAACAGAACUAACUAUUAGUAAGAGAGGAGUAACAAUAGAAGUAAACAUGUUGCAGUUUUUCUAUUCAUAUGUAGAAGAAAUCAGUCCAUAUCAACUGAUGGAUUCUUGGCCAUCUUUUUUAACAUUAAUGAAAGAAAGUCUUCAAUUAAAUCUGCUAGCACCGGGACAAUUCUUGUUAUUAGAAAUAUUGAGUGAGUUUGUUCAAAAAAUGCCAACAAUGGAGGACAAGAAACAGCUAAAAGAAUUGCAGGAUAUAACUCAGAAAUUAUUGGAAGCUGUAGCAUAUAUAGCAGGAUCUUCUCUACAACAGACAACCUGGUUACGACGUAAUCUAGCUGUUAAACCAGGACCACAGAAUGAAGUACAAGAACUAGAAGAUGGUGAUGUAACUGAAGACAGUGAACCAGAAAGUGAUGUAGAAAAGAGAGUGGUAGAGAAAGUUGUAGUAGAAGCACAUUUAAAUCAAGCUGCUAAUUCGAAAUAUAGUGUUCAAGCUCUUACAUUAUUAGCAGAGCUUACUGCACCUUUGCUGGACGUUGUCUAUGGUAGUGAUGAAAAGGAUAAAAUAAGUCCUUUUAUCAGCACUCUUCUAUGUAAUGUCUUUCCUUAUCUAAAAAGUCACAGUUGUCACAAUCUACCCAGUUUUCGAGCCAGCUCUCAGAUAUUGAGUAGUAUCAGUGGAUAUCAGUACACACGUAAAUCAUGGCGGAAAGAAGCACUGGAAUUUUUACUGGAUCAAGGAUUCUUCCAGAUGGAUUUAAAGUGUAUUAGAUAUUGGAGGAGUGUUAUAGACAAUCUUAUGACACAUGACAAAACCACUUUUAAAGAUCUUCUUAGUCGAGUUGUUAUGACACCAAGUGGAAGUUUAAAUCUAUUUAGUUCUAAAGAACAAGAAUAUGAACAGAGGGCUCAGAUGUUGAAACGUUUAUCUUUUACUAUAUUCUGUAGUGAUAGAGAUCAGUAUCAACGUAAUAUGCCAGAUAUACAAGAACGUUUGGCUGAAAGUUUGAAAGUACCACAAGUGCCAUCAGUACAAGCUCAAGUCUUUCUGUGUUUUCGUGUUCUCAUCCUAAGAAUGACCUCACAUCAGUUGACAUCACUCUGGCCAACAAUAAUCACAGAAAUGGUACAUGUCUGUCUGCAAAUGGAGCAAGAACUAUCUACAGAAACAGAUGAAUUCAAUGUAUAUAUGAUGACAAGAUCCAGAACCCAGUUACAGCGUAUAGCAGCACUAGAUUCAAGUUGGGCUCAUCUUGGUAAUGGAUUAAAUGCCCAUAAUAAUCCUGCAUGGUUACAACUAUAUCUUAGUGUGUGUAAAUUACUAGAUCUGUGUCUAGCUCUACCAGCAGAUACAGUUCCACAAUUUCAACUGUAUCGUUGGGCAUUUAUUGGUGCUGCAGCAGGUGAAGAUGAAGACGAUUCAAUUAAAGAUAAACGAAUCCUUCCACCAAGUUUUGUUCCUCAUAUUGUCCGUCUGUCUAAACUCCUUAAUUUACGAUUACAAAGAGAACCUGCUCUGUUGAAGAGAAUACCUGGUAGGCCUUUGCUUACUAUGACAUACCUUCGAUCAUUGGUCGAAUUACAGCCAUUUUUCAACACAUUGUGCCAUGCCAGUCAGUCAGAGAAGAACUAUCAAACUCCAGGUGGAGUAGUAAAUACCAUGCCAAAAUCACAGUCUGCUCCAAUAUUUGAUGAAUUGACAGCUAGUUAUGUUCACGACUGGCAAUCUGAUCUACCAAAAUCAAACCGACAGUUUAUUGAAGAACUGGUUGAGAGGGACUUUCUUGAUCUUAUGAGCUAGUUUAAUUUUAUCUCAUGAUUUGUGUUUAUUUGUUAAAAGUUAAUAUCUAAUUUUAUGUUUGUAUAUUAUUAAAUCUAAACAUGCAAAUACUUUGGUUGUGAACAAAAUUAAAAAUAUAUAUAUAUAUUGUAUUCAUAACCUGAUGUAUUUACUAAAGAAAAAUAUUGCUUUGCAUAUAUAUACUAAAAUGUAUGAUUCCUGUUAUCGCUAUCUUAAGUCUUAAGCUUCUGUUUGCUGAAUGUUAUCAUUUUCCAUUCCUGUACAAAUUAUAUUGAUGUUUAGUUUGUGAUGUUGUGUAGAGAUGUUUAUGGAUUUGUAUAUUUUGUGUUGGAGAAUAACAGUAUAAUUAAAUUUAAUUUAUUAAAGAAAACUAUAUAAAAUAUAGUAGUACUGGCCCUUAUAACCGAUUUUUGCCAAGAAUUUUAUAUUUACAUUUGAUAACUAUAUGUCCAGCAUCCAGAUAUAUUGUCGUCACCUUCAGCUAAGUUAUUGUAUACUCCUGUGGCUCAUUUUUUUUUUACUGAAUAAGAGAGAGAGAGAGAAAUGGGGUUUAACGUCCACUCGACACAAACUAGGUCAUUUCGGGACUAACAUAUGGUUUAAUUUUAUUUACAUAAUUCGCUUGCGCGUAGGGGUCUUUAGCAGUGGGAGGAAACCGGAGGACCCGGAGAAAACCCACGAGGUUGGAGAGGGGACCCUACUCCUUGCCACGUACAACCGGGGAUUCGAAACCACGCCAGUCGACUCAAUGACAGACUUUAUGAUACAGCGCGCGCACGCUAACCAUCCAGCUAUCCAACCCCCCUUUACUGAAUAAGCCUCUUGGUGGAAUUUGUUGACACUUAGUGGAAUUGUCUAUUUGGACAUAAAAAAAGAAAAGAUAAUAAAAAUUCAAAAUAUUUUGGUUGUUCUCCCUGUAUACAUUAAAUUUCAUGAAAUCCUGUGAGUGCCUGUUGAGGUUUUUAAAACUUAGCGAGUUUUCUCAUUGAAGCAUAAGGAAAAUAAUCUUAUUGAAUUUCAAACUUUUUGGAUCAUAAGACGAAUUUAUUUUUUUUAAAACUUGCUCUGUAUGAUUUAUUUACAAUAAUUUUAGAGAAAGCAUAGGCGACUUUGCUGCUGGUAGGCUAGUUUACCAUGGUUAUUAUGAUGUAAACAAGAUAUGUUUAUUUGAAUAAAUAAUAUGUUUAUAGAUCUCAUAAUUUACAUAUAAUUUUACCACACAGGAGCUUGACAUUUCUAUUAAUAUGAUUAAUUAACAAAUGUAAGUUAUAAUGAAAUUUGAGAUCAUUUAGAGAUGCAUCAUAUUUUAUUUGAUCCAAUGCUUCUCAUAUUUGUUAAACUGGGUAAAAACACCACAACGUAUAAUUAAUAAUAAAGUUGAACCCCAAUAUUACUGACUAGGUGCAGACUUUAAUUUUAUUGUUAUACAUAUAAAAUCACACAGUCACUGUUAUUUAUUUAUGUAUUGUUAAAUGUUAUCCUAGUCUUUCAUUGUUAGUCAUCAUCUUCAUUCUUUGUUAUUGCUUUGAAAUUCAUGUCAAAUAUUUUUAGUGUUCAUUCAUUCAUUUCUAGAAAUGUUCACUCACAUGACAAGAUUGACUGUUAUUUAAAUGUACAACCAAAAAUGUUGGUCUUCUCAAAUAUAGUAUUUUACAUGUACUCGGGCUGGUAUAUUAUUUAACGUUAUCUGUCACCAUAAUAAAAUAUAUAGAAUAUAAACACAUUAUUAUGGAUGACAAAUCUUAAUAAUUUAAGUUGAGUUUAACGGUUGCAGAUAUUCAACCUCCAGUACUAGUGCAAUCUAAUAUUCAACAUCAUCGAUUUAUCAUUUAAUAUGAAAAGUUUGUUUCUAGCUCAGUUUUCACCUGGUUUGGGAUGCUAUGAUUGUUGAUAGUAGUAAUCAAUAUGUGUAAAAUCUAGUAAAACUGUUUUUGUGUAUGGAUAAGUUAGUACUACAUGAUCUUCAAAUUCUAGUAAAGACAUUGUUCAGAAAUUCUAUUCUGUACUGGAAUUUGAGAUGAAACUUUUCUGCACCACUCUCGAUUGUAUUUUGCAAAAAAAAAGAGCCUAUUCUUGUAUGUUGAUGCUGGUCUAUUCACAAUAGAGUUAUUGUACUUUUCACUGAAACCGUUUAACGCUAUAUAAGUCAGUUUUUAUGACAAUUUUUAAACUGACUGUAAGGAAGUAACUUACCGAAAUGCUGGAUCCAGCGAUUGAUUUAAUCACAAGAGUCGGUAAUUAUUUGGUUACACAUGACUUAUAAGUAAGAAGCCUACCAAAAGUACUGUGAUGACUGAUCAGAGUUAUUGCCCUUGUUUAUAAUUAAUUAAAAAAUAAUUGGUACAGUCUAAUAUUCUGACCGAUCAGAUGUUAAUGUGCAAUGAUUAUGUUUACUGCUGAACAAGGGACGAAGCACUAAAACUCUCCCAAAAUUCAUCAUUUUACAGUGCAGAUUUUGAAAAUUGAAAAAUGUGGAUGCCAAGUUAACCAUUUUUUUCUCAUUCCUCAAUCUCAAUUGCCAUGUUAUGAAAAUUUAUGACUUUACUGCAUGUAGUGCAAUUCAUUGCCCUGGCAACCUAUGUCUUUCAUCAUGUAAGAAAUUUGUCCAUUCAAAUUUCAAGCCACAGGCUUGCACACAUUAUUUGUAAUCUAAAGAUUAAUUUAUUUGUUUGUUUUUGGUUGUGUUGAAAGUUUAUACACUAUAAUUAUUACUAUUCGAUAUUCAUAUAUAAGGAAGAGGAAAUAAAUACACUCAUACAAGUUU